AUGCAUUUGGGCAAGGUUGUUCAAGGGCCUAAAGAAGCCCUAAGGAGUUAUGUGAAGAGGUUUAACUUAGAAGCAUUGCAGAUCCAGGAUCUGAACGCAGGUGUGGCAUUUGACGCUUUCAUCCGAGGUCUGAGACCUGGAUGUUUUAAGUUUGACUUGGUGAAAAAGAAGAUAACCACCCUAACUGAGGCCCUUAAGGAGGUCGAAGCUUUUAUUCACGCUACAGAAGAUUGUGCAGAAGCAAAACAUUCGGAGGCAAAGAAAGUUGAAGAGGCUACUCACCCAAAAAAGAGUCUCCCCAAGAAAGCUGAAACAUGGGAAAUGACCUCAAUGACAACCUCGUCCAAGAGGAGCAUAAGAUCUAAACCGACAGCCUCAGCUGAGCCCAUAGAGUUCAGGAUGGAUCAGUAUUCCAUUCUCAUGGAGAUCAAGGAUCAACAUGAACUGAAGGCGCCGGCAGAGAUGAAAAUGCCCUACAGAAACAGGGACAAAAGUAAGUAUUGUCAUUUCCACAAAGAUUGUGGUCAUGAGACGAAUGAGUGUAAGCAUCUAAAAAGAGCUUUGGAGGAUCUAGCUACCUUUAAGAAAGACAAUCGUCAGGGAAGAAGGAAAGAUGAUGAGAGCACUGAUGAAGAUGUGGUGAUGGUAAUCUCUCGAGGAUUUGCAGCCGGGGGUCCUACAACUCGCGGCCACAAGAAUUAUUUACGGGAACUCAGCCAGGAGAUGCUUACCAACCAGGCAGAGUCUGAUCCUUUCCCUAAAAUAGUGGUCAGCGAGCAGGAUCGAGGGAAGAUAAGAACGCCUUGUGAUGACCCUCUGGUGGUAGAGAUGAAGAUUGCAAAUCUCAGGGUAAGACAGGUCCUGAUUGAUACAAGAAGUUCUACUGAUAAUAUCAGUGCGGAUUGUCUAUCAAGAUUAAAGUUUGAUGAAAAUGAUUUAGUUCCGGUCAAUCAUCCUAUUAUCGGUUUCGGCGGAGGAGUUAUUCAUCCCAUGGGGACAGUUACCCUACCCGUCAGGGUGGGAGAUAAAGAGGCUGCUCGAACGCUUUUUGUGAAAUUCCUGGUAGUACGAAAUCUGACAGCUUACAAUGUCAUCCUCGGACGACCUACCUUAAAUUACAUUAAAGCCGUCAUUGUAACUCACCUGAUGCUCAUGAAAUUUGAGUGUGAUGGUGGUCAAAUUGGAUCUUUGUAUGGAGACCAGCAAGCGGCAAGGGAAUGCUAUCUUACUACUUUGAGACCGUCAUCAUGGAAGGAGAAACCAGAGCAGCCAAAGGCCAUGGAGGAUGAACCGGCUGAGAAGGUAAAAGGCCAUAUAAGUAAGUUGAAACAAGAGGUAGAGAAAGCACAAAUGAAGCGCUUUCCAGAGAGCAAGCCGUCAAUGCUCCUGCCGAGCAAGAAAAGGAGAUGUUUGGCUAUCAAGGAAGUAAAGAAUUCGUCUGAAUAA